CGCAACUGGCGUCAACCGCCGAAACUCACAAUGAAGUGAAUUGCAUCUCAGUUCACGGUUUACGCAUCUCGUUGGCCAGCAUCAAGGUCAGCACUCGCGACAGACGAGCAGCCCACAACGUUCCCAGUAUUGCCUGCAGCAAUUCCUUACACGGCCGAGAGGCGUGUGGUCAAUGCACCAUGUUGAGUCCUUUGGGCAGUUCAAUACAUGGGCAUAUGCGAAUGCCAUUUCUGCCAACAACGGUUUUCGUGACUAUCUACGCUGCACCGACACCACACGCAUCCUUUCCGUUGCUCGCAACAUACCUGUACGAAUAUCAUGCACUCAAUAGCACAGUGCCGUUUUGUAUGUUUGAUAUAGCGUGGCCAUUUGUUGUUCCCGCCAACUGACAAAAAAUGUGAAGGACAACAACCGCCAGCGAACGCCUGCGUGGUUUGCAAAGACUUCUAGUCGUUUGGCCCCCCACGUCUUGCUUGCUCUUUUUUGAGGGUCAUUGAGGAUCUCUUGCACCCACAUUUACGCGUUCAUUAUCGUCUAUCCGAUGAACAACCUUGGCUAUCAAAGGUGUAUAUCACCACGAUGCAACAGGCCCUUAUACAGCUAUCCAAAAAGGCUUUGGGAUAUCCAUGGCUAUCUCUGAUAAUGUUCCCAUAACGGAUACAGCAAGUAUAUCAAGAAUCUAAGUGUUCCAGAGUCUGAAAGAUCAAUCUGUCCAAGUGCGUUCUGGUUCUGAAACUAGUCAUCGUCCUCUACAUGCGGUAGACUGCAGACGUUUACAAGAGGGUUAAAUGGACAUGGCCAUGUACUCCAGGUGAUGCCAUGGAAGUUUCUUGAACAGGACGUGGCAGCUUUGUGCCAUCGAACUUUUGAGAUCAUCCGUUGUUGCAAGAAACACACCUUUGCUUGACAUUUCCAGAAAGCUCGUGAAAGAACGCGACACUUGACGCUACUUAACUUAACCAUCCUUAUAAAAGAGUGUGAUUUUCAUUACACAUGUCUUCCUUCCAACAAUAUACUGUGCUAAAGUCUUUGGCGGAUCCUCGAUACGAAUUAUCUGCGAUUUGCUAUCGCCCCAUACCAUUGAUCUACCUGCAAAAUAUCCAAGAUUUUUGAAUACAAUAUGAGCCUCCUCUGGAACACCGACCCUCUUUUCAAUGAUCCAUUCUUCCGUACCCCAUUUCCUUCAUUGUUGGACGGAUACGUAAGAUCUAUCAUGCAGCCUACUUUAAUGAUCGGCGAUGCCGAUUCCACAAAUCAAGAGGAGUCUACCGAUCUGAAUAACCAGCAAGUAUCUACUCGAAAGCGUCGCGAUCUGGAUACCUUUUUGCGCGGCCCUCGUGUCGAUGUGACAGAGACCGACAAGGAAUAUGUGAUCAAAGCGGAUCUUCCGGGCCUUUCAAAAUCCGAUGUUCAGAUCCAUGUCUCGGAUGGUGCUCUAACAUUGGAAGGUGAACGCAAGCACGAGCACGAAGAGAAGACUGAUCGUCGGCAUGUUGUCGAGAGGUCGUUUGGCAAGUUCUCUCGACGAAUCCGACUGCCUCCUGAUGCUCAGGUGGAUAAUGCAAAGGCCACCAUGGAGAAUGGUGUGCUGCAGAUAGCACUAGCCAAGAAAGCCCCGGAAAAGGAAGAGAAAAAGUUGAUUGCUUUGCUGUGAUGGAAAUAUCAAAGAGUACAAUGGAUAUCAUUAUCAUGUAGUUAUCUAGUAAAAUGCUUCUGUACAUUGUUUUUAGCUUGUAAAAUUCCAACAUCUUUCAAAAUAAACAAACGUUUGAAAUGCCA